AGUGCUGUGUUUUCCUGCACAGCGCUGCUCCUGAACGCCUCUUGGUUUGUAGUUUCGGGUCGAGCAGGAUGUUGUUGUUAGCUUCAGCCCUGGGGGAGAACUUCCAGUAGUCCUGCACACAUAUGGAUGUUUUAAAGUAAUGGGCUGAAAUCCACCUGCGUUCAAAAUGGCGAGAGACAGGAAGUGCAUCCUCUGUGAAACCGUCUACGUCUCCAAGCAGGAGAUGGACGAGCACAUGAGGAGUAUGCUGCACCACCGCGAGCUGGAGAAGCUCAAAGGCCGGGAUUGUGGACACGAGUGCCGAGUGUGUAAGGUGAAGGUGGUGAGCCUCACCGAGUACGCCGGACACAUCUCCAGCCCGACGCACAAGCAGAACGUGGAGGCGGCCGAACGGAAGCCCGCCGAGAACGACCACGACGAGGAAUACUUCGACCAGGCUCUGGUGGACCUGAUCGACAGGAGAAAGGAGCAGAUCAGAAAAGAGAAGGAGGCUGCCGCUGCAAAGCUGGCAAAAGAAGAAGAGGAUCGAAGAAGGAAGGAGGAGUUUCAGCAGAGACUAAAGGUAGCGAAGGACCACUACCUCUUCGGUCUCGCCUGGCAGCAGCAGACACAGCAGGGGUUCAGGGAUUCCAGUCACAACACUUCCUGGGCCGGCAGCAACCGAUUUAACCCCAGAGCAGGGCCGGCUCGACCUUGGCACCACAAUAACCAGGGAAAGAGCGCCACCUGGCACGCUCAGGAGCCUCCCAACCUGCAGAAAUGGGCGUCUGCAGAGUUUGGGGGAGGAAACUUCAGGGGCCAGGAGGGGCGGAGCAACAGGACGUGGGGUCAGGGUGGGUUUCCUGGAAAUCCACAGAACCGACUGCCGUGGCUCAGCAACGGGGGCAGCAGUAACGGCCUCUACGGCCAAAACAAUAUUUCCCAGUACGCUCAGAGAGGGCGACCCGUCAGCCUACUGGGGCCUCCACCCAGCUUCUUCACCCAUGCCUUCAACCAGUUUCAGAAUAUGGGCCCUGACCAGAGAGCUCAGCAGGGUCCUGGGCUUCAGAACCGAGAGGGACAGUCAGCAGAACCUGAACAUAACAGCAGCAAGAGCUCCAAGGCUUUUGGUAGCAACACGAAGCUGGACAAAGCCUGCCGCUGGUCGCCCUAUCCGGUCACUAAGGGUUCUGAGCCCCAUAACGACACCAACCCAAGCUCAUCAGAGAAGUUCCCCAAAAGCCCCAAACCCCAGAACAAAGCACCAGAAACCAGUGGCUUUAACAGGCAGUCCAGACCUGAGCAGAAACCAGGGCAGCUGACGACUAGUCGACAAAGUGUGGAAGACAAAGGGAAGCUUAAAACAAACCCAGCGACCAAACCCAGAGACGGAAGCAGCAGCAGCAGCAGUCGAAGCAGCAGCUCUCAGAGAGAAAGUCAGCAGAACCCCGCAUCAGGUUCUGUAAAUCCAAAGCUAAAUAUAGACAGAAAGAUGUCUGGUCUCAGUGGUGGAGCUCAACUCAGCAAGGCCUCCCGUCACGUUCAGUCAAAAGCAGCUGCAAAACAAAGUGGACUGAAGGCUCCACCUGUUGGGCCUCUUCAGUCAAGACAAGAACGGCAGCUUCCGGAGGCAGUGAAGAAAGCCAGGCAGAUUGUUUUAGAGAAGAGAGGUUCUUUAGACGGCUCUAAUAACAACAGGUUGGAAGUGGCACGGCUCAUCGUGGAGGAUCAGGCAGUUGGAGUGAACAAGGAAAACAGCUGCAGGCAGAAUGUGAGUAAACCUGAAGCAGUCCGGCCGGAAAAGCCUUCGCUGACAUCUUCAGACAGCAGCCAGUUUCUCCAGUCGUUACAAGUCAGCACCUCCACCGUGGAGCGCUCUGAGGCUGCAGCUUCAAGCCGGGACGAUGAAGAAAGCAGGAAGGAAUCGGAGAAGCAAACCAGCUCGGUGGCCUCGGAUGAAGGCAUGCAGGUCGCUGAGGCGGCUCAGAGCUCGGAAAGCGACACCUCCAGAAGUGGAGAAGCUCAGAACGGGUCGAACAGUCUGUCCAAGCUGGACCUGCCUCCCGUGUUGAAACGGGACCUCAGCAAACACAUCAGCUCCAAGAACAAAACAGGAGCCCACGAACCCAACCUGAACAUCGCCAGGCGGGUUCGUAACCUGAGCGAGUCGCGGAGGAGUGACACCGAAAAGGAUUCCGGGCUCAAACCGACCGUACGGCAGCUCAUCAGCUCCUCUGGGUCGCGGCGAAACGUGAACUGGGAACAGGUGUAUCAGGAAGUCCGGAAGAAGCAGGACAAGGGGAAAGGCAUGCCAAGGUUUGGGAUAGAGAUGGUGCCAUGUGAACAGGAGUACCAGAGCCAGGAGGAGGACGACAUUCCCCUGCUGGAGGGUUUCCAAUGGGAGUCAUUAAUGGACGUCUCUUCCCAAGGGGGCGCCUCCAGAAAACGCUCCUUAUCCGAGAGCAGUGUCGCCCCUGCAUCCACACACUCCUUGUUUACGACCCUCACGUCCAAAGAUAGGGCACAGAGGGAAGACUUCAGCUCUGAGUACCAGGGAUCUCCCAACCACGUAUCUGCUCAAGGAAGCCGAGGCAAUCAGCCAGAGGUUGGGCAGAUGUUAGAUGCUAAAGUGCAGAAGCAGCCAGACAAAAUAAAGACAGAGAAAGCAGCUCUGCAGAGAUCUGAUUCGGUCCCCGUAGACAGCAGUUCAGGGACGGAGCAGUAUGAUGGUCAGGGAACUGGGAAGAGGCGACGAGCAGCUGGGGAUGUCACAAAUACAGAAUCUUCAUGCUUGGAACAUAAUAGCAAAAGACGGAAGGUCAAACCCAAAAAAGAGCGUUUACAGAUCGACCAGCUGCUGGCGGUGUCUCUGCGGGAGGACGAGCUGAGUAAAUCACUGCAGACUGUGGACACGAGUCUAAUCCAGGCCAGAGCUGCUCUGGAGGCUGCAUACAUGGAGGUACAGCGUCUGAUGGUGGUCAAACAGCAGAUGAAUGAGGAGAUGAGUUCGCUGAGAAACAAGCGAAUUGAGCUGCUUAAAGGGAUGCAAGGUACCACUGAGGAAGCCCCUGAGAUCAAACUGAAGGAGGAAAGGAUGGAUCCAGUAGAGGCUGAGCUACACAUCCCCUCCUCUGCACUGCUUCCUCCUGUCAUGGACUCUGCUGCUUCCAGUCCUGGUCGAGCUGCAGAAUGCGCCUCUCCUCCCUCCUCCAGCCUUCCCUUCCUGACCGUGGUGGUGAAGCAGGAGCCUCAGUCUCCGGUUCACGUCAGCCAGGAGCUGGACGCUGCCGACGAUUCGACCCACUGCGCCCACAGCACCACUCCAGAGCUGCCGGUCGCUGCCACCACCUCUCAGUCAGGUAGCAACGUUCAGUUAGUUCAUCACAAUUCAAUUUCAAGUAUCCACAGGUGUUACCAGUACUGUAAAAAUGUGGGGACUGGUUUUCAUCCUUGUGCAUCUCAAACUCUUUGCAGAUCCCCCCUGAACUUUCCGACGUCUCCUGAAAGGAAACCUGAGCUGUACCAGGCUAACUAUGUCGAGCCUGCAGACUGCAAAGAGAAGCUGCAGGGACUGGUAGAGACGACAGAAAAGGGCGUUCAGGCGACGAGGAGCUGCCUGACGUCUUCUCCUGUCUCCAAAGCCUCCAUAAAGCUUCUGUCGCCCAGCAGGAGAAGCUCUGAGGCUGCCGACUCCUUCCAGCCUCCGUCGGCGCCUUCAGCCCUGAACACGCCGACCUCCCCGUCUGAGCUGAGGGCCGGGAAGCGCGUGAGGAAGCUGAAGAAGAGGAAGGCGCUGAAGAAGGCUCCGGGCCUGGAGCAGCCGGAGAGCACCGACACUGAGAUGGACGAAGAGGCGUCAAGGCCCAGAUUCCUCCGACCACGACGGAGACCCAGCGGAGGGUCUCAGGUCAGCACCUCCAGUCUGCCCACAGAAGAUAAAGACGGUGACUGGAAGCCGCUCAGGACGACGGUCAAAGCUGAGAAGGUCGACCACAAAGACAUGGUGGAGCUUCCUCAGGCGGCCGCUGCUGAUGUUCUGGUGGCUUUAGAUUCAGAGGAAAGCAUGGAGGUCACCUGUCAGCAGAUGGACGCCCCGCUUCUCGUUCAACCUUCAGCUCCAGACUCCUCCAGCCUGGCCUGCAACGAGGUCUCCUCUACCAGCGACAUGGAUCUGUGCAAGUCUUCUGAGAGUGAUUUGCCGUUUGCCAUCACGCAGCCCAAGAACUCAUCAGAUGCGUCCUCAGACCACGGCGAGGACGAUAUGCCCACCGACGGUGCGUUCGAGGGCCACCAGGAGGCCGUAAACGCGAUGCACAUCCACAAGGGGCUGCUGUACACGUGUUCAGGAGAUCGAACCGUCAAAGCCUUCGACCUGGUGAGUCAUAAAUGUGUCGGUGUGUUCGAGGGUCACAGCUCCAAAGUGAGCUGCCUGUCGGUGUCGGCGGCUCCUGGACUCCAUCACCGCCUUUAUUCUGGUUCCAGUGAUCAGACCAUCCGCUGCUACAGUCUCAAGACUCGAGAACUGGAGCAGCAGUUCAGUCUGUCAGACCGAGUCCUCUGCCUCCACAGCCGCUGGAGAACUUUGUUUGCUGGUCUGGGCAACGGCACCGUGGUCACCUUCAACCUCAAGUCCAACAAGCAGAUGGACGUGUUCGAGUGCCACGGGCCGCGAGCCGUCAGCUGCCUCGCCUCGUCUCAGGAAGGAGCCCGGAGGAUCCUGCUGGUCGGAUCCUUCGACAACACCAUCAGCGUGAGGGACGCCAAGAACGGACUGCUGCUGAGGACGCUGGAGGGUCACACCAAGACGGUGCUCUGCAUGAAGGUGGUUAAUGAUCUGGUGUUCAGUGGAUCCAGUGAUCAGUGUGUCCACGCACACAACAUCCACACGGGGGAGCUGGUUCGGGUCUAUAAAGGCCACAGUCACGCCGUUACCGUGGUAGCCGUCCUGGGCAAAGUGAUGGUGACCGCCUGCCUCGAUAAGCUGGUCCGAGUCUACGACCUGCAGUCUCAUGAGCAGCUGCAGGUUUACGGUGGACACAAGGACAUGGUGAUGUGUAUGUCUGUCCACAAGAACAUGAUCUACACAGGUUGUUACGACGGCAGCAUUCAGGCCGUCAAGCUGAACCUGAUGCAGAACUACCGAUGCUGGUGGCACGGCUGCUCGCUGGUCUUCGGCCUGACGAAACAUCUGCAGCAGCACCUGAUCAAAGACCACACCGGAGCCAAACUGCAGCCCAUCAAGUGCCGCUGGAAAAACUGUGAAGAGUUUUUCUGUUCACGCAACAGCUCCAAGCAGGGGAUGCAGGUACACAUGCAGAAACAUGCUGAGGAGGAAACCGAAGUGGAGCCUUAAGAUCUGCUGGUGGAAAUCACCCUCUUUUUACCCCUUCUCCUGUGCUGUUUACCCCCCGUUAACCUCCCAUAUUGGGGGGGAAGUUCUCAGGACCCGCUCGACCUCCGAGUGUCGUCCGACGACUCCAUCCUUUAUGUUCGGUGUUGGAAUCCAACCAUAACGCAAUCACGAAAGGAGGUCGGUUGUGCUGUUGUUUUGUUGUUUUUGUUACAAAACACGCCUUCCUCUCUUUCUGUCUGACCACUGCAGCUCCUUUUUAACUGACCAAAGUAAGACGAAGAAACACACGACUUUAUUUUAUUGAAGAAACUUCCAGCGUUGCCGGUAUCCGAGGAGAUUCGCUUCGCUUUGCUGUUGGAAGCUGCAACAGAAACCAAUAACCGUCUUCCGGAUUGGUUGGAUACCACAUGGCAUGGGUUCAGAGAUGUUUUUAUUGUUGUUGUGCAGUUGUGAUGUGUUGAGCAACCUUUUAGUUCUUUUUUUUUUCCUUAUCUUUUUGAGGUUUUUACGGUGAAAUUCACGGCGUCGUCUGCCGGGUAACGGUGUGAUUCACUGAGGGUUUAUAGAGUUUUGGUUUGGUUUUUAUUUUAUUUUCAGGAGGAAAAGAAAUGUAAGAGUCUUCAUGUUUCGUUAGUAGUUUAUUUAUUUGAUCUGUUGCUCGUUCGGGUGAUAUUUAGGUGUGGAGGGACUGUGUGGUGUGACUCGGCCUGAGGUUGCCAUUUGAGGAUUUCCAUUUGCAGUGAUAACGGCGCCGAGACAUGGACGUGAUGGUGUGUUUGUGUGUUUAUUUGUGUGGAUUUAUUCCUCGUAAUCGUUGACGGGGCCUUGUUUUCCAAGAAUGUGAGCGUGAGACUUUAAUUUUAUGGAGUUUAUUUCAUAUUCGGAGCAUCGAGCGGAAGGCUGUAUUUUUAUUUUCCACAGUGAAGAUAGUUUUCUAAUAAAGUGUGGAGGUGAAGGAUGUUCAGAGGAGGUGUUUGAUGGAAGAUCUUGGAGGGAAGAAUUCAUCUCCCAUGCCAUACCUCACCCUCUUACAAACAGGCAACACGAAGGAACCCCAUUUUAAAGCAGCUUAAAGCCCAGCUGAUGUUCUCUUUAGCAGAUUGAUUUGAAGAUCUCUCGUUGGCGUCUUCCAAACUCUCCUCACUCACUCGUCGUUUUAUGAUUGAGCAAAGCGAGCGCUUCACCUCCUACCUGGCAUUCCUGAGUUUCUUCAAGUUUUUCAGUUGUGACCGAAGUUGUGAAGAGAUAUUUUUUAAGAAAGUGCAAUUUAACAAGUUCUUAAUAAUAAAAAUGUUGCAACAGCAGAA